GUUCAACUAGAGUUUCGACUACUGUGAAGAUCUAUAGCAAUAAAGCAGCUUAAACGUCUUCUAUAACCUUUGCUAGAAUUGAAUUUGAGUAGAAAAAAGAUGAAAUUCGGUAACAACAAUCGCAAUGCAUUCAGCAUAAAGACUCUAUUAGAUAUCUUAAUUGGGUUGACUUCCGUUGGAAUUGUAUUGAUAACUUUAGGGGGUCCUGGAGGAGUUAGUGCUGCCGCAUUACAAUCCAAUCCUAACAAAAAGAAUGUUAUUUUCAUGGUCACUGAUGGUAUGGGACCAGCCUCUUUGGCCCUUACUCGUGGGUUUAAACAAUUUAGAGAUAAAUUAGAAAUAGAUGAUGUUUUGACCUUAGAUAAGCAUUUCAUUGGGACUUCAAGGACUAGGUCCAAUAACUCUUUAGUUACUGACUCUGCUGCGGGUGCCACUGCAUUUGCUUGUGCAUUAAAGUCUUACAAUGGUGCUAUCGGUGUUACCCCUGAUAAACAGCCUUGUGGGACAAUCUUAGAAGCUUUGAAAUUACAAGGUUACUUGACUGGUCUUGUUGUUACCACCAGAAUCACUGAUGCUACUCCUGCCUGUUUCAGCUCCCAUGUUGAUUACAGAUCUCAAGAAGACUUGAUUGCUCAACAUCAAUUAGGUGAAUACCCCUUAGGUAGACUGGUUGAUUUAAUUCUUGGUGGUGGUAGAUGUCAUUUCUUACCUAAUUCUUAUCCAGAUGGAUGUAGAUCUGAUUCAAGAAACUUAAUCGAAGAAGCACAAUCGAAUGAUUGGAGUUAUGUUGGAAAUCGUGAAGAAUUUGAUUUACUUAAAUUGGGUGAGAAUGUUACUUUACCUUUAUUGGGAUUGUUAGCCAGUACUGAUAUUCCUUAUGCUAUUGAUCGUGAUUCAAAAGAGUAUCCAUCAUUAGCUGAACAAGUCAAGGUUGCAUUAACUUCAUUGUCUAAAGCUACUAAAGACUCUGACGAAGGAUUCUUUUUGUUAAUCGAGGGAUCACGUAUUGAUCAUGCUGGUCAUGAUAACGAUCCAGCUGCUCAAGUGAGAGAAGUUUUAGCUUAUGACGAUGCUUUUAAAGAGGUUAUUAAAUUCAUUGAUGAAAGUGACGUUGAAACCGUUGCUAUAUCUACAUCUGAUCAUGAAACUGGAGGAUUAGCUACCGCUAGACAAAUUGCACCAGAUUAUCCAGAUUAUUUAUGGUACCCUGAAGUAUUGCUUAAUAGUACUCAUUCUGGAGGAUACUUAACUCAAAAAAUCCUUAAAUUUAAACAAAGUGAAUUAGGUUUAAAAUCAGAUAAAUUUAAGCAAUUUCUCAUUAAAGAAGUUGUUGAGGCCGAUUUAGGUAUUAAUGACUAUACCAGCGAAGAAAUUGAAUUACUUGAAAAAUAUUCCAAAUCUUCAGAUUCUUUGAAAAACUAUUUGAAUGAUUUAGUUCUGAGAAGAUCCCAAACUGGAUGGUCGACCCAUGGACACACUGCUGUUGAUGUUAAUAUCUAUGCGUAUUCUAAUUCUGAUGAGAUCAAUAAAAAAUUAUAUAGUCGUGAAGGGGGAUUACUUGGUAAUCACGAAAAUAUUGAAAUUGGACAUUUUAUGGAAUCAUUAACUGGCGUUAGUUUGGAAGAAGUUAGUAGUUUAAUCAAAGAUACUAAACAUUCUCCAGGGGUACAGCAAUUUAGUCAAGAUGGUUUCCAUAAACAACAAGUUUUUGAAUUUGUUUAG